AUGUCACAUUCGAGGAAUGCACACAAAUUAUCUGAUAAAAGUAGAACAGACAUUCCGGCAACCGAUAGAAAUGAGGACGAAGGGGAAGUUAUAAGUUGUAACGCCACCGAGAGCUGCACUUACGCUGUGACUGUUUCGAAGAAACCCUCCCCCUCAAGCGAGGAAGGUGCCUUGUGUUCUGGUCAAAAGUCGUUCAUAAGUAUACACUCAACUGACCAGUUGUGUCAAGUGGCCUACGUGGAUAACCCAACGAACCUCGAAGAGUGCAACUUGGAAGUUCUGAGCCUCAACGAAGUGUUCCCUUCGACGUCAGAAGAGAGCCUCUCGAACGAAGAUGAUUCACCUGUUCAAAGAAAGCAAAAAAACUCUAACAAAAAUAAGGCAACAAUACAAAAGUGUCAAUCGGAUAACGCAGAGAAGUCGUCUUACAUGCCGACAAACAGUAAGUCUUCGACAGGGUCGCGUCAGAAGGAGCCCGUCGAAGGACAAGCUUCGGUGUAUUCUGACUUCGACAUACCUAAAAAUACAUUGUACGUGGUCGGAAGUAAUCCUGGGGAGCCAAAGAUGUCGUAUCCUGAUCCACCAAAGAAAAUAUCUAAGACGAUGAAAAAGUUUCUGCGCAACAUAGACAAGCAUAAGAACGAGCAGAAUAACAAGAGCAGCGAGAAGGCAAUAAGCAAGCUGACGACGAUGCGGGGGAUCCUCAAGGACGGGCGCUGCGGACCCGAGUGCACCGGGGACUCCUCCGUGCAGGGCACCGAGGAAUACAAUACUGAACAUCUUACACUACCAUUCGCAAUGGAUUUUGGAGCACACACAUACAGUAAGCAGAGUCCGGACAAAAACGUGACAUUUAAUACGCAAGUGGUGAUCAUUCACUUCACGGGCGACCUGUGCGUGGGACAAAGCGUCGAGACUCUGAGCAAGGAGAAGGACCAACAAGCGAGAAAUUCCGAACUAAGGAAAACUUUCCUCACAAAAUACAACGAAUUUUGGCCCACACAGAAAUAA